AUGGCGGAUACAGAUGAACGAGUGGCGGACGAGAUGUCCCCCUUAGUGGGACCAGACAACGAUAACGACGUCGACUUAAUAACAGCGCAAGAAAUGCAGAAUGGCGUUGGAGCCGAGGCUCCUGAACAUUUAUCAGACACGAAGAGUAGCUGGUAUCUCUUCUUACUAACGUUGAGUAUUGGUGGACUCCAGAUUGUCUGGUCAGUUGAACUAUCGAAUGGGUCGCCUUUCCUUUUGUCUCUGGGAAUGAGCAAAGCCCUGCUCGCUUUCGUCUGGAUUGCUGGCCCUCUCACAGGAACGCUUGUGCAGCCAUAUAUUGGCAUCUGCAGCGACAACUGUCGCUCGUCAUGGGGCAAAAGGAAGCCCUUCAUGGUAGUUGGCGGCUUGGCCACUGUUGUGGCUCUGCUUGCUCUUGCGUGGGUGAGAGAGCUCAUAGGAGGUUUCCUCGGUAUAUUUGGCGUCGACCAGGCGUCUACGGGAACUAGGACGGCGAUCAUAGUCUUUGCAACUAUCUUGAUGUACUGUCUAGAUUUCGCUAUAAACACUGUUCAAGCAGGCAUUCGGUGUUUUAUCGUUGAUAACGCGCCGGCGCACCAACAGGAAUCAGCGAACGCGUGGGCUAGCCGGCUCACUGGCGUGGGCAAUAUUCUAGGAUACAUUUUUGGAUAUAUUGAUUUGCCCCGCUAUCUCCCAUUAUUGGGAAAUACGCAGUUCAAAGUGUUAUGCGCACUAGCAUCGCUGUCACUUGUUAUCACGCUAUUAAUCAGCUGUCUAUAUAUUCAGGAAAGAGAUCCGCGGCUCGAAUCGUCAGUUUCUACCGGAAAUCCAGGCGUUGUAGCCUUCUUCCGACAAGUUUUCAAGUCGAUCCAGUACCUACCGCCCCAGAUUGCCAAAGUCUGUGAAGUCCAACUGGCUGCAUGGGUUGGGUGGUUUCCUUUCCUCUUCUACGCUACAACGUACAUCGGGCAGCUUUAUGUUAACCCAAUCUUUGAUGAACACCCGAACCUUCCUGACAAUGAAAUAGACGAGGCCUGGGAGAAAGCUACUAGGAUCGGAACGUCUGUUGUCUCAUCUGAGGAAAUCAACCCUCCUUCAGAUGAGAGAAGGCCAUUUCUAGGAACAAGGAGAAUGUCAUGCUCAAGCCUACCAGUUGGUACUGCAUCAGAGCCGCCUCCGACUCUUCCGGAUAAGCAGAAUAUCGAAGCCACAGACGGAUCAACGUGGCUGUCAAAACUGCAGAUCCCAGGGUUUACACUCCGCCGAGCUUGGCUCUUGUCUCACGUACUCUUUGCGCUCUGCAUGUUUAGCACCUUUUUCAUCUAUAGUCAUCAAGCGGCGACAGUGGUUAUUGGAAUAGUCGGUAUCUCCUGGGCUUUGACGCUCUGGGCACCUUUCGCGCUCAUAUCCGCAGAGGUCGCACGGAUUGAUGCCGAACGUCGGGUUCGGCAACAUCGAUCAGAGAUUGCAGCACAGUAUUCCACUGACAACUCUACUCAGCCAAAUUCUGCCAUAAGCGUUGGUGAUCUAGAGGAUGGGCCCAGGAAGCCAACGGAUGAGGAAGAAAAUCUAGCCCAGGCGGGAAUCAUUCUCGGGCUCCAUAAUGUGGCGGUCUCCUCGCCGCAGAUCCUGUCCAGCUUGAUAUGCAGUGCUAUUUUUAAGAUGUUUCAGAAACCUAGAGGUGAACCUUGGGAUGAUAGUGUUGGGUGGGUGUUGAGGUUCGGAGGUUGCGCUGCAGUGCUUGCAGCAUGGCUGACUAGCCGGCUUGCCGAGGGACAUCGGUUGAAGUGA